CCACGGUAUCUCGUCUGUUUCAAUACUCUCAACGAGUCGUGCAGUAGAUCACACGUACCAUUGAUCGCGACGGUCAUCCGUACACGGAACGUUCACGACUUCCACAUUGAGGAAGUUGAAAAGGUGGACGAGAAGGGAGAGUGAAAGAGAAAUUAAAUAAAGAGAGAAUAAUGAAACUAGUGGCAGUGGUUGCAUUGCUAUGCUGUCUUGCCAUAGGAGGAUUGGCAUCACCAGUGCCGGAAAUCAGCAAUAACAAAGCAUCAGUUGCGAAUGCUCUCGUCUCAGGAAGACAAGCGCAAGCACCACCGGCUACUGCAGAUGAUGAUGACGAAGAUGAUGACGAUGACGACGAUGUCGAUCUCGAUAUUACAGGAGAUGAUGAUGAUGACGAUGAUGAUGAUGAAGACGACGACGACGACGAUGAUGACGAUUAUUUGGAACGUUUCAUUGAGGAUAUUUUAGGAGGCGAGGAAGAUGAUGAUGACGAAGAUGAGGAAGUGAGUCAACCGGCUUCACAAGUAACACCUGUAGCAGCUUCACCAAUACAGUCUGCACCGUUGAUAGCCUCGCAAUCGAUACCGGCGGCAGUUCAAGCUGAUUUGAACGCUGCUGCAGCAUCCGCGGAGAAUACGGCCGAGGAAGCAGCUAUUGGAAGUGAACCUACGUCAUCCGAUGACGAUACUUACGACGAGGUCGAGGAAACUGUACCCGAAGGUCAAGCUGUUGGCCAGGAAUCCGGACUCGAAGGUGCAGACUCUAUUGUGAAUCCUGUUGUUCAACCAGCCAGUUCUCAAGCUGCUGCGGCACAAAGUGACGACGAUGACGAUGACGACGAUGACGACGACGAUGUCGAUCUUGAUAUUACGGAAGACGACGAUGACGAAGAUGACGAGGAUGAUGAAGAUGACGACGAUGAUGAUGAUGACGAUGAGGAUGCCAUUUCGGACAUCACCAGCGCCAGACAUGCACAUGAUUUGGAGUCGGAACCCAGCAGUUAUGUACCAGCCAUCUAUGUUGCGAAAUAUAAUCAUUUUGUAGACAACAUUCUUGAGAGGAUUAAUAAAAUUUUAAGCGCUAAUUACGAUCCAGUGACGGUCAAAUUAACUAAUCCAAAUUCGAGCUCGAAAUCGAAUAAGAAAAAAAACAAAUCUAAAAAUAAAAAGAAUAAAUAUGGUUCGAAGAAGAGUGUUUCUGGAUUGGUCAUACAUAUCUCCGAAAAUAUGAACAAUGAAGAGUCGAACGACGUACAGAAAAUAGAUCCUCACAAAAACGUAGCUACAACAACUUUGAUGGAUAUAGAAUUACCAACAACGAUGUCGACUCUUGGAUCAUCUGACACUGCUAUUGCACAAAAUCGUAUAAGAAAUGCCAAACGAAAAUCAUCUAAUUCUCAAAAUAAAAAAUCGAAUCGUAAUAAGACGAAGAAUCGAAACAAAACCAAAAAUUCUACAAGCGGUAGUAACAAAAAUAAAGCAAAGGCAAGAGCAAUUUUAUAUGGACUCGCUUCGCUUCAAAGAUCAGGAGAUGUCUCGGUAAAUAUGAUGAGCAAUCAUACAACUAUCAAAACGAAAUUUACCUUGGGACCUUUAAUACUUAAAGUCGAAAAAGAAUUUGGUAGAGCUGCGAAAAAAGAACUUAGAAGUGCAACUGCUACCACAGCAGGAAUGUCUGGUAAACUGAGUCUUCGUGUGAUGCACGGAGGUGCUGCCACAUUGCAUUCCAUUCGUGUUUUACAACCCAAACAGGUUCGCGUUGAAAGUGCGGAUGAUCACGAUAGAACAAGAGAAUUCGUUUGGAGAAGAUCAUCUCAUAUCGCUCAUUUAGUAUCUCAAAAACUUUUAACAGCUACAAGAUCAAUGUUACGACCUCCACCUGUCCCAGCACUUGCUGCUUAAAUAUUGAAUCAUACUUGAUCCAAAUGAAAUCAUUAUAAGUGCCAUAACAAUGGGUUCAAUUCAUCGUUUCGCGUUAUUCCAUUUUAUGGUACACGCUCUUUGUUCUUGAAUCACAGCUUUAUCGAUUCGAAUCAAUGAAGAAUUAUUUAUUUAUUCUUUUUAUGCCCUUAUAAAAAAAAGUACAUUUUCAAAAAUACUACGUCUUUAAAAAAAAGGACAAAAAGAAAGUAUAAGCAAUAUGAUUUCAUUUUGAAUCAACAUUUGUCUAUAUUUAUUUAUUUAUACGUCAUUAACAUUUUUAUAACAUACAUCUAUAAUUAUUUAUUUAUUUUUAUUAUUUAUUUAAAGUAGUGCCUAUUUUAAAUUGCGAUUAUUUUAAUAUU